CAGCCCGGGGCGAGGGCGGGCGGCUGUAACCAAACACUGCGGAGGCCAUGGCGGUGGCGGCUGCUGGCGGUGGUGGUGGUGGUUGCGGGGGGUGAUUGUUGGCGCCCUGUUGCUGCUGUGACAGCGCCGGCGGGUGGGGGCCUGGGUGUCUUCUCGCUGUCGGGGUUGCGGGGGCAGGUCGAGCUGUGAGCGCGCUGGCUGCACACAUGGAUGACAGCAAGGUGGUUGGAGGCAAAGUAAAGAAACCAGGCAAGCGAGGUCGUAAACCAGCCAAAAUAGAUUUGAAGGCAAAACUUGAAAGGAGUCGUCAGAGUGCAAGGGAGUGCAGAGCCAGGAAGAAGCUGAGGUACCAGUACCUGGAAGAGCUAGUUUCAAGCAGAGAGCGAGCCAUCUGUGCUCUCAGAGAAGAGCUUGAAAUGUACAAGCAGUGGUGCAUGGCAAUGGACCAAGGGAAAAUCCCCUCUGAAAUAAAAGCCCUACUAACCGGAGAGGAGCAGGGCAAAGCACAGCAGAACUCAGUCAAACUUGCCAAGACUGGGAAGACAGAAGCAAACAGCAGCAAUCCCUGAGUUGAAUGCAGAACUGUCAGCGCUGCAGGACAGAUAGCUUGGUAGCUAGCAGAAGAAUGCUGUUGUCAGAGAAGCGGAUGGAUCACGAGUGCAGGGGGAAGGAUCCCAGUCGGCUGUCUUCUCUUUGCUUCUCCCCACAUGAAGCUCUUUGAUUGUAGUGUUUCUAAGCCUGCAUGGAGUGGGGCUUUUGGGGUAGUAGAUGUUUAUAUAAGUGGAGCCUCGUUCUUCCUGUCUCUACCCCUUCCUCCCCAAACACAGCUAUGGCAGCUUUUUGGCAUUCCCAGUAAGAGGUGCGGGCUGCUCUUGUGUCAAAAGCAUGAGCGCAGAAUUAGACUGCCUGUGUGGUCAGCAGUUGUGUGGUCAGUAACUAUUGUGGGAGGCUGAGAGGUUCUGUACAAUAAAAACAGGAGGAGGAUCUUGUAACAGCUUUGCUAAAGUGAAGUGGAAUACUGUAGGUCAAGGAAAAGGCACUUUUUUGACUCUGUUAUUGAAUAUUCAGAGCUUUCAGUAAGAGGGUUUGUAGUAAUGUAACUUGUAAACUAAAUAAAAACAUUAUUUUUGGCAUCCUUUUAUAAUGCAGCAUGUGUUUUAUGUUAUUGGUGCUCUUACAGAGAGGUACUAGAUAUAUUCCCUGCUUCUGUGCGUAUUUCUAUCGCAGAAUGUAUUUGCUUUCCCUAUUCCUAGUAUGUAGUUAAGGCAUCUCCGUUCACCCCACUUCCAGCAGUGGAACAACUCCCUACUCCCACCCAUCAUGCCCAGGUAUUUUCCUGUACCCAACUACAUUUGGGACUGGUUUCUUCCUUCCCUGAGACUCGAUAUAAACUCUGCUAUACUAGCCUGAUUUUCUAACCAAAGAUAAUGCCAAGAACUGGUAGUGAGGAAAAAGCUGAAUCAGUUUGGUGUUGCGAUAAGAGAGGGGAUGGCAAAAGCCUUGUGGGCUGGUUAUUCACCCAACGUAUUGGUAGAUAACCUGCCAUUUCCUUUAGACUGCACCUUUUCCAGUAGAUGCAUUUUUGCAUGUAGAUGAUGCAAUGUGAAGAAGCAAAGCUCUCAGGAUUUUCAGUGGGGCUUUUGCUUGCUUGUCCUUUGUUUUGCUCAUGGCAGUGCCUUUCUCUGUAUUUUAUGAAAUACAUGGAACAUUUUUCAAUUUUUUCUUCUUUGUUUCAUAGAAUAAAUAUAAUGAAUGAUUGCUAGACUGAAUGUUGCAUUCUUUUUAUUGAAAUAAUUGUGUCUGCUUAGAAUUAUCUCAAUUCGGGAUUUAUUGAUAGCACUGAAAAUAAUAAAGUGCCAUAUUUCAGUGUACAACAUGGUUGUUUUCAUAAUAGUACUGACUCCAUAUAUUAAUCCUUAAAACAGGGUUUUAAGUUCACUCUACAGCUCUUCCAUAUUACCAAGUGCUGGAAAUGUUGCAUAGACAUGGAAAACUAUUUUGAAAGGUUAAGUAGCAUAGAAGCAGAGAUGGGCAGGAUCUGAGGGUUCCUCUUUAUCACUCCUCCCCCCUUCCCCCCCCCGCUUUAAGCUCCGAACUAUAGUUUGUCCUGAAAGAUAGCAACAAAGCCAAGCCAUAACUGUAGAUCUGUUACACUGUGCUGACUGCCUGACCUUCUGUGUUCUCUGGAGGAAAAAUCUAGGCCAGAUAUCCGGAAUUAUACUAUGUGCACUUUGCAGUUAAAUUUUGUAAUGUUAUCUUGCCAUAAAUGUAAUGUAUUAUUUUUAGUCUUACCAAGCAGACUUGCACAGUGUCUCUAGUUUCAGAUGUAAACUAUGUACUGUAAUUAAGCAGGUACUUUAAAGGUUAUGUAUAUACCUAAGCAUCUUUCUGAAUCAGAGAUGCAGAAAAUACAUAGAGGUGUUGCGGUAUUCAUGACCAGAAAAGUUUUAGUCUGCACUAGGUUAUCUGACAAAUGGAGCUCUUCUUUCUUCAGAAAUACCACAUUUGCUCUUUCCUUCUUCUUCUUCUUUUUUUUUUUCUCUUUGAUUCUCUUUCUGUGAUACCACAUGGGAAACUUCUCGAGGAGUUAUGUUUUCUUUUAUGAAGAAAACGGGGAGUUGGAAUUUCCCGUUGUGUUGAGUGACAGUUUUCAUUUGUUUCCCAUCAUGGUGGCCACUGCCAUCUGGCUUAGCCAGCAGUUGGCAUUACAAGGUUGUGUUCAGCAAGCCUGGGCCCAGCUCUGUAGCACAAUUGGUGGCAAUUAUCUUCUAACAGGUUUUUUUUGUGCUUUAUGCAGAUGGGACAGGAGGCAUGUUACAGCCUACAUCAUCUGAAACUGUUUUCUUGUUUGCCCUGCAAACCAAAAUACAUGUGACACAGAGUUAGAGGCUCCAACUACAAUCUUCCAAUCUGCUCCAGAUGCUGUAUUUUGUCACAAGCUGUAGGACUCCCAGCAAGAAUCAUUAGAUAUGGUUCAGUGGCUUCUGUCAUGUGGCAAGUCAUGGCAUGGUAAUAAAUGUUCUGGCCUUGGAUUUCCAUGAGUCCUUUAUUUUGGAAUUUGAAGUUUAGCAGUUCCACUUGGAAGUUAACAGAAAUGUUUGUGGUUCAUGCUCAUUUGGUACCCUUGCUUGCAGUCUCCAUACGCAUUGAAGUGUCUCCUAGAAGUGAAACAACCAGGUCCCCUGACUAGGAGUCCCAUUUAGUACCUCUAAUACUGGAGGAGUGUUUAAGUCUUAUCUUCCCUUUGUGUAAGAUGGGUACAGCCUUCCACCCAUGCCUCCUGCAGUGAGUGUGUACAGCUGGCUUUCUUGGAAACACUGAAGAAGGGAAAUGAGUCCUGGAAUGUUUCAUUUUCCUGCUUAUCAUUGGAAAUCUAAUGGUCAGCAAGAAAAACUUACUCAGAUAAAGGUGGGUAUCUUUUGGAAAUUCUAUCCACAGUCUUCAAAAAAGUUAUAUAUCAUAUUUGGUGUUUAUAAGAAUGCUAGGGCUCUGUUACGCUAAGGUGUAAUUCAACUCGGAGCAAGGAAGUAUACGAUUGCCCUGAGCCUUUUGGAGGAUUUACCCCAAGGAGUUAGCAGGUAAUGGAAACUUGGUAAGAACAAGAUGUAACAAAUUUUGCCUUUUUUCAUCCCAAAUAUAUGUCUGGUGCAUGGAAUCCCGAAAAAUGAAGUGAAUGCAUUUUAUAGACCUGUCACUUAACUGAGAACAUUUUGCCUAAUUGUAUGUGUUUAAAAAAAAAAAAAAAAUUAAA